AUGAUUAGUUCUCCAGCUGUUGUGCUUUGCAGCUCGCAGGCCUCACAUCCUCUGUUCUUCUACUGGGAAGUGGAGCCUUCGAAGAAGGUGCAACAGUGGCUGAUUGACGGCCAUGCCGACCUGGCUGCAUGGAUUUUGUCCUACCUUGUCUUCCAGAUCUUCAUUGUUGCGAUUGUUGCUGUAGUCUUCUCCAAGAUUGGCCACCAGUGA